GGUUAAAGCAAAGGAGGAAAAUGAUGAAACGUCUGGAUACGAAUUUGAAUUACAGCGGGAAGAAGAGAAAUACAUGGAUUACCAGGAACAAAGAAAAUUGGCAAGGGAGAAGGGAGACGAUCCAGACAACGUUAAAGAAUCAUAUGAUGUUAAAAACUAUGAAACAAAUUAUCACGUUGGACAAUCUUCUAAAAAUAAAUGGCAAAAGAAGACAAGUAGAACAAAGAGACUAGCCAUUGAAGAUUCUGAUAAGUACUGGGACAAAGGAAUCAUUCCUUAUACAUUUACAGACACAAUUGAAGAGUCUAACGUAAUGUCCAAGAUUAGAGCUAAAAGUAGAUUCCAUUACUGGAGUUGUAUCCGAUUUGUUCCCUGGACAUCAACUACUAGUCAACAAUAUUCCUUAGACCAUGAUAAUUAUCUGAUACAUGUUGAGAAAAAGGGAUGCUGGUCACAUGUUGGAAAUAUGAAGAUGGACGGUCAGAAAAUUUCAUGUUGUAAAGGUGUAACGUGUAUUCAUGAACUUGGGCAUGCGAUUGGUCUUCAUCACGAACAGAAAAGUCCACUACGUGAUGUCUACUUGAGAGUUAACGAGGAAAACAUUGAACCAGAAAAAAUAAGUGGAUAUAAUGAGGUUGAACCAAUGGAAUCCAAAACUUUUGGAUAUUUUGACAUGGCCAGUGUAAUGUUGUACAACAAAUACGCUUUUUCAAGUAACGGCAUGCCAACAUUAACGUUGUUUGAUUCCAAUAUGGAGUACCUUCUGACCAACCCAGAUCCACAUAUGUAUUACAUGUUUAAGGAAGUAACAUCUCUGUAUAAAUGCAAAGAUAUGAAAUGUUCAGGUUUUGCAACUGAAUGUAGAAACGAUGGAUAUGUUGCAUUUGUUCGGGAUACUUGUACAUGCAGAUGUCCCGAAGGUCUCGAUCCUAGAACAGGAUGCACCACUGUUUAUCAUGGAGAUAAAAUUUUGCAAGGAUUGGGAUGGCCGUUGGGUGCAUUUUCAAUCUUGAAACCAGAAGACGGAUGUCCCUCAAACUACGAAGAAGGAAAUAUAAUACAAUCCGUAGAAAGCAUUAGGACAUCAACGAAAUUUAACCUUGAUUCUAGAAUCGAAAAAACUAGCUUCGAUUUUAAAUUCUGUACUAAGAAAAGAGAAACAAAAUUUGAUAGUCGUGCUGUUUGGGAACCUGGUCAGUAUUGUAUUCUUAGUCACAACGGAUUGUGUCUAAAGGGAUUCACUGAGGGAUUCAUAAAGUUUGGCAAUGGCGAUGUGAAGAUUGUGAAGAAACCAAUACCGGACGGAAAGUUUACAGGUGAUUCCAUGAUAUGGCAUUUCUGUUGCAGAGAAGACGGGAGUUGGAAAGAUCCAGUAUAUCUCCCAACUAAAGAACCAUUUACAUUAUUUCCUACAGAUAGUGAAUGUCAAGAGGUCAAAGAUAUGAAAGCAGAAAAGCAAUGGUUCAUGCUGAAGGGUAGCAGCAGAGUCCUAAUUGCUGGGUUAGCACCUAAUUCCCGAAUAGCAAGGAAAACGUCGGUUUUUAUCAAUGUUUGCUACUACUGGCCAAUUAAUUACGAUUGCGGUGGCAUAGUAACGAUUUCAGAGAAGAACCCGAAGGCCAUCAUAAGUUCUCCAAACUUUCCACAAGCGUAUAAUUCUAAGCAACAAUGCAGCUGGACAAUAAAGAGUCCUGAAAAUACAAAAAUGAAGCUGUCAUUUGAUAAAUUUGACAUUGAGUCCACUGUUGAUAGUGAAAGUUCAUUUCCCAUAUGCGAUGAUUCAUUAGAAGUACGGUUUACACUACCAGGUCAUCCAGGAGUCAACUAUUGUGGACGAAGGUUUAGCUCUGUUAUUAUCUCAGAAGUGAACUAUAUUGGACUAACACUAUCUUCCGGGUUAACAGGAACCGGAAAUGGUUUUAAAGCUUCUGUGUCAUUGAUUACUGAUGAAGACAUGUGCUACACUGGUAAAGGCGAUGAUUACCGCGGCACUGUCAAUGUCACAAGAACGUUUGAAUCAUGUUUACCUUGGACAAGAGUUCAAAACUGUCCUCAUCACGCAUUUGAUUCUGGUGAUUUGGACGAUGAUUUAGUUGACAAUUACUGUAGAAAUCCAGGAAGUGGAACAAAACCAUGGUGUUAUACUCACUAUGAAGAUUGUAACAGGAAUUAUUGUGAUCCAUGUGGUUUAGAAAGUUGCUAUGAUUUGUUGGAUGACUGUGCUAUGCUUGUUGCUGAAGAUCCAUCAUUUUGUCAGAACAAUGUAGAAGCUCAAAGAAUAUGUAGACAAUCUUGUGGAUUUUGUAUGAUGGGGAAACCAAAACCAGUCUCAAAAGUAAAAUGCCAUUCACCACCUGUUUUAUAUGAUGCUAUCAGUACAGAACGUAUUAGGAGACGUUACAAAGUUGGAGAUGUCGUCACAUUCAAAUGUAAAACAGGCAUAGAAAUUGAGAGACGAAUAUGUUUGGCAGAUGGAAGUUGGUCCGGCGGAAAUUUUGUUUGUGGAAGAUGUCCAAAUGGCUGGUUUCCUUUUCACGGUAAAUGUUAUCGAUGGUUUGACACAUAUGAGAACAUGACACUAUCUAACGAGAUGUGUAAGCGUCAUUCAGCUGUAAUGACAUCAAUCAAAGAUGAGGAGGAAUUCAAAUUUUUAUUACGGUUAAGGACUGAUGUUCGUCCCUUCUGGCUUGGGUUACGGUUUGAUGACAGUUUAGGAGAUACUGUUUGGCUAGAGGAUGGUACGACUGUUACCUUCAACAAAUGGGUUUCAGGAAACGACAAAGGUUGUGGAUAUGUGGAUAAAAUAGGGCAGUGGAAAGGGAUCUCUUGUGACAGCGUCCAAUAUCUUUCUGUUAUCUGUAAAAUGACUACAUCAGAUAGAACAGUAUGUAAUGAUGCUAGAGAUGACUGUGAGGAAUUUAUCAAAGAAGAUCCUGGAGCAUGUGGAGCACAUCAAGACUUUGCAUGGCACGUGUGUCCAAAAUCUUGUAAUCUCUGUAAUGAUGGACCAGUCGUGACAUGCCCUUUGCCACCAACACCAAAGAACGCGGAACUGUUAAUUAAGGUAAAGGAUCUCCAUCCGGGUUCAAUGAUAGAAUACAAAUGUCAACACGGAUUCGUUCUUGACAAUGGAAAUCUUAGACGGGCCUGCUUACUUAAUAAAGAGUUCACAGGAAAUGAACCGGUUUGUAUAGAUAAAGAAUUAGUUCCAUCACCAAACAACAGAAUAGAGAUACGUCAGAGAACAUUAGAUGGUAGGGAAGGGAUGGCGUAUACUGCAGAUAAUGAAGCAUUAAAAAUUCAUAGGUCUGGAAAGUUAGUUACAUGGGAAUUCUAUAGUGUGUAUAAUGGUGAAGUAGCUUUUCAAGUAUGGCGACCUACCGGUAAACGUGAUAAGUAUAAAUUGAUUGGACAAAAUGUCAUAGCCAGUACAGGAAAUCAUCGUUCAAGAUCAGUAGAUGUUCCAGUUGAGGAGCAAAUUGCUGUUAAGAAAGGUGAUAUGGUAGGAUUCUUUCUGCCAAAGGACAACAAAGGGGGAAUAACGUUUGACAAAUGUGUAACCAGGUACACAUAUGGUGAUUUUGGAAAUCAAAAGGAAAUCAAAACAAAAAUUAAGAAGUCUUCUGAAUGGAAUAUUGGUGAUGUGUUUUCUGUGAAAAAUGACAAGGAAAAAGAUUGUAAAAUAAUUUCACUACGAGCCUAUGUCUUGUAGAUACUAUGAAUAUUAUGUUUUGUAUAUAAGUAAAUUAUGUUAAUUUCAUUAAAUCAUUGCAGCGUCUAA